AUGGCGCAACAGAAGUCUAACUCCCACAAAGUGGAGGACCAGUCCCAGCCAGACAGUGACCUGAACAUUGACAGCGCUCAACGGUUGACCUCAGAGAUGGCAAAGGCUUUCCAAGAACUUGAACAGGCGGAGACCACUGCUGCAGCUCUUGAAGUCAAGCUGGAUGGCAUUCACAAACAGCUUGAUGAGCUCCUGGCCAGCUUUGAGGAGCUUCCUCAGUCCAAGCCGCAGAAUCCCUCCUCGAACCCCUCCGAGUCCAAGUAG